GAUGGAUGCCAUUUAAAGGGUCCGUUAGGAGGAAUUUUGCUGACUGCUGUUGGUACAGACCCGAAUGAUGGGAUGUAUCCAAUUUGUUGGGCCCAGGUUGAAGCAGAAAACAACGAUAGCUGGGAAUGGUUUAUCAGAUUGCUUAAAGAGGACCUUCACAUGGAGAAUCCAGGAUCUUACACCUUCAUCUGUGAUAGACAGAAGGGUUUAGUUAGGGCUCUUGAAACUGAGGUCCCUGAAGCAGAGCAUCGCUUUUGCGUAAUGCAUCUCUACAAGAAUCUGUGGAAAGAACAUAAAGGAAUUGGAGUUAGAAGGCUCCUCUGGUCUGCUGCUAGGUCAACAACCCCUUACCAUUUCAACCAAAAUAUGGAGGCUCUUAAGAAGUUAGCACCAAGGGCUUACGACUGGUUAGCAGCCAAGCCAAAGUCACAGUGGAGUAGAUCAGCUUUUAGAGAUAUUUGCAAGAGUGACAUGUUCGUUAAUAACAACUGUGAAGUUUUCAACAAUGCAAUCAACAAGUUUAGAGGUAUGGGGAUUGUUACAAUGUUCAUUGGAAUUCAAAAUACAUGUAUGGAGAGGAUCUGCAAGAGGCUGACAAAAAUGGACAAGAGGGACACUAUCUUCUGCACAAAACCUCUUAAGAAGUUGCACAAAUCUAUGGAAUUGGCUGCAAAUGCAAGGCCAACUUGGAAUGGAGGCCACAAAUUUCUUGUGACCAUGAGUGAUGGAGGCCAUCAAAUUGUGGUGGACCUGCAGAAUCGAUCCUGUGCUUGUAAAAAGUGGCAAUUAACAGGUAUUCCAUGUUUUCACUCAUGUUCAUGCAUAUUCUUUUUAAAAGAAAAUCCACUGGACUAUAUGCAUGAAUGCCACAAGAAAGAAUACUAUCUGAGGGUAUACGGCCACAUUCUUGAACCUUUAAAUGGGGAGGAAUUUUGGGAGGAAACAUUUGAAACUCCAAUAUUACCUCCAAAAACAAGAACAGCUCCUGGUAGGCCGAAAAAGAAGCGAGACAAAAAAUCUGAUAUAGUUCAGACAAGGGAGAACAACCCAAGUAUGCUCAAGAGGACUGGAACCUCUCUCAAAUGCAGUUAUUGCUCAGAAUGGGGGCACAAUGCAAGAACUUGCCAGACAAAGAAAAUUGAUGAAGAAAAGAAGAGGAAAGAAGAUGGGGGAGAGGAAGGAGCUGGAUCCUCAAGGGCUGCUAACAUUAAAAAGUGCAGUGUAUGCCAACAAGAGGGGCAUAAUAAAAAAACAUGCACUGCUAAAGAAGCUGGAACCUCAGUUGCAGAAAAGAAAACAGAUCCAAACCAAGCUGGGAGCACUGCAAACAAAAGAAAAGACUCCAAAGCUGUAGUACAACCACCAGCAGAGGCAUCAAAACAACCAACUGCCGCCAACAAAGUCCAGAGAACAGCUGAGGUUGUAAAUACAACCAGUCAUGGAGGGAUCUUCAGAAAAUUUAAGCCACCAGCUCAGUCAUCUUCUAGACAGUGCUUGGGAGUUGAGCCAAUACCAGGGCAGAAGUACACAUCUUUAAAGAAUUUGCAAGAUGCUGGUAAGAAGAAGCAGAAGGAAUUGCUGAAGAAAAACUAGGAGCUGCAGAUGAUGUGUUGUGAGACUUUCUUAUAAUUAUUGUUUUGUGCUUGCUGGGAUUUUAUUUUUGGAAGGUUGGCACACCAACCUUACCCUUUAACAUUGAUUCAUCUGUAACUGUGGCUGAGAUUUUAUUUUCUGAUGUUAAUGCUCCAACUACAUUGCUG